GUUUCGCCCCAACUUAUACUUCUUUACUUGUUGUUUUUUUUUUUUAAUAUUUAUGGCUUUACUGCUUCUCUAUAAAAGCCAAGAACACUGUGCAAACGGCACGCAGUACUGCAGAAUCGUCAUCAUGGGCUCCUUCACUUUCAUCCUGACACAGUUGGUGCUAGUUUUAGCUUCGCCCGCGGAUAAUACUUUUGAUUUCCUAGACAUGCUACGCAUUUCUAACUACACGCAAGGAAGUAAAUGUCCGGGCAAGAUUUUCUACAAUGACUGCAAUAUCUGCAUCUCCCGCCCCGACGGCGUAUCUGCUACGUGCACAGAGAUGCCGUGUUCCGAAAGGAAUACCUUGCUCAUUGAUAACUACUUACGCAACAUGCGGCUAUCGCGUGGUUCGUAUCAAGCCUGCUCGUGCUCAGGCACUUGCGUCUGCUCGGGCAGUUCAGUUUGCUCGGGCAGUGCAGUUUGCUCGGGCAGUGCAGUUUGCUCGGGCUGAGAUGAGUAUUUUGGAAGAUUCAUGCAAUAUGUAA